CUCUAGGUGGAAAGUCGUCUCUUCCACUCGCGGCCUGCGGGGCUCCGAGGGCUUACCCCACUAGUCAUGGACUGCAGUCUGGAUAGGAUGGCCACGGUGGUCCCCGGGCAAUUUGACGACGCGGAUUCCUCAGACAGGGUUCCACUUACAGUCAGCAAAGUUUUACCUCCGCGGGCGAUAGUGAUGAUGAACAAGACAAAUCAAGUCUCUACUGUCUAUUUGGAAAGGAGGGCAGACCAAGAGGCCAGCGCCUACAGCGUAGCCGAGAGAAUUGAGGCAAAAAGGGAGACCAGCCAGUGAAGACAAAGAAGUGCAGUCAAUCCAAGCAAAAGACGACAUUCUACUUAAAAACCUUCAGAAUGAUGCAGCAGAGGUGAAGGGCGAAGAUGAGAUUGAGGAGGAAGACAGCUAUGAUUAUGACAGUGACUGGUACUUGGACGACUCGACUGGAAAACUCACCAAGGGUUGGACCUGGAAUGGCAGCAGUAACCAUCAGGCAAAUCGACAGACUUCUAACUACAAUUCAGCCAAAAUGUCUACUCCAAUUGACAAGUCUUUGCGAAAAUUUGAAAAUAAGAUCAAUCUAAGUAAGCUGAAUGUUACUGAUUCUGUCAUAAAUAAAGUCACCGUAAAAUUGAGACAAAAAGAAGCAGAAUCGUAUCGCAUUAAAGACAAGGCCGACAGAGCAACUGUAGAACAGGUUUUGGAUCCCAGAACAAGGAUGAUUUUAUUCAAGUUGUUGCAUAAAGAGCACAUAUCAGAGAUACAUGGCUGCAUCAGUACUGGAAAAGAAGCUAAUGUAUACUAUGCUAGCACACCCAGUGGAGAGAGCAGAGCAAUCAAAAUAUACAAAACUUCUAUUUUGAUGUUCAAAGAUCGUGAUAAGUAUGUGACUGGGGAGUUCAGGUUCCGCCGUGGCUAUUGCAAAGGAAACCCUAGAAAAAUGGUGAAGACGUGGGCAGAGAAGGAGAUGAGGAAUUUGUCCAGGUUAAGAACAGCAAACAUACCAUGCCCAGAACCAAUCAGGCUAAGAAGUCAUGUUCUCCUCAUGAGCUUCAUUGGCAAGGAUGACAUGCCUGCACCACUUUUGAAAAAUGUCCAGUUGUCAGAAUCCAAGGCACGGGAGCUGUACCUGCAGGUCAUUCAGUACAUGAGGAAAAUGUAUCAGGAUGCCAGACUUGUCCAUGCAGAUCUCAGUGAAUUCAACAUGCUGUACCAUGGUGGAGAUGUAUAUAUCAUUGAUGUUUCUCAGUCUGUGGAGCAUGACCACCCACAUGCAUUGGAGUUCUUGAGAAAAGACUGUGCCAAUGUCAAUGAUUUCUUUUUCAAGCAUGCUGUUGCUGUGAUGACUGUGAAGGAGCUCUUCGAGUUCGUCACGGAUCCCUCCAUCACCCUUGAGAACAUAGAUGCUUAUUUGGAAAAGGCUAUGGAAAUAGCAUCUCAGAGGACCAUGGAAGAAAAGACUAGCCAAGAUCAUGUGGAUGAAGAGGUGUUCAAACAAGCAUAUAUUCCCAGAACCUUAAAUGAAGUAAAGAAUUAUGAGAGAGAUGUGGACAUAAUGAUGAGGUUAAAGGAAGAGGACAUGGCUUUGAACACUCAGCAGGACAAUAUUCUAUACCAGACUGUCACAGGACUGAAAAAAGAUUUGUCAGGAGUCCAGAAGGUCCCUGCGCUCCUAGAAAGUGAAGUUAAGGAAGAGACUUGUUUUGAUUCAGACGAUGCUGGGAGCUCUGAGUGCUCUGACACAGACCCUGAAGAGCAGGGAGAUCAAGCCGGAUGCCAAAACCAUACUGCUGACCCUGACGUUGAUAAAAAGGAAAGAAAAAAGAUGGUCAAGGAAGCCCAGAGAGAGAAGAGAAAAAAUAAAAUCCCUAAACACGUGAAAAAAAGAAAGGAAAAAACAGCCAAGGCCAAAAAGGGCAAAUAGAGUGGAGCCAGCUCUCAGCUACUUGGAACCCGGAAGUAGAAGUAGUUGGAGGGGCUUCUUCACCAUCUCACUGUCAGGAGGCUGGGGUGUGGUCAUGUGGUUGCUUCAAAAGGCCCAAGCCUGGGGUUGGGGAUUUAGCUCAGUGGUAGAGCGCUUGCCUAGGAAGCGCAAGGCCCUGGGUUCGGUCUCCAGCUCUGAAAAAAAGAACCAAAAAAAAAAGAGGCCCAAGCCUAUCAUGUCGGAAUUCUGUCCUGGUUCUGAUUUAACAGAUUUAUUAAGGUCUUAUUUUAAUGAAGAACUUUGUAUAUUUUAUUUUUAUAUUUUUAUCUUGCAAACGUUUUUCAGAAGUAUCAGAACACGGAUGCUUAAGAUGAACCCUCACAGCCUUUGUAAAGGUGAGCACAAAGGCACUUGGACAAACUUGGGAACUUGCAUUGUCUUUGUCUGUGCCAAAGACACAUCUGAACUCACCCUGGAGGUCACUCUAAGAGAAGCCAUCUGGCCAUUGCGUGCCGUUCCAGCAGCCCUGUGUGGUGUGUUCUGGACUUGCCGUCACCUGAUCCUGCUUCGUCGUCAUCAUGCCUUCCCAGCUAGACCUCCCAGCUCAGAUGCAUUUCACACACAGCCACUCGGCAUGGCCCUUCGUCCAUCAGAUGCUUGAUUAGGUGUUUUAGGUACUGGGAACGGCAAUGAAUAAACAGAUUUCUUCCUU